CGAGAAUCCUUGGCUCUCAGUUUUCCUCCUCAUUUAAGGAAUUGGCAGCAGUGAAGGAGAGAAAAGACGGAGCCGCAGAGCCGCGUUCAUUCACUCAUCGUCUGAACACUGUUUUCCUCCAGCAGAGACACUGCUGAACACUGAGGUAAUGGCUGAGAUGGAGCUGCUCUCCACACCCUGUAACAUCCAGAUCAGCGACGUGACCUGCGACUCUUUCCGGAUCACCUGGGAAAUGAACCGGGACGAGUCGGCUCGCAUCACACACUACUUCAUCGAUCUGAGCCGGAAAGAGGGCAGUGAACAAAACCGCUUCAAGCACAGGGAUGUCCCCACUAAACUAGUGGCAAAAGCAGGACCGUUGCCGAUGGCUGUGAGAGGCCACUGGUUCCUGAGUGCUCGAACUGAGUACUGUGUGGCGGUGCAGAUCGCCAUAAAACAGCCCGACGGAGACUAUCAGGUGUCUGAAUGGAGCCCGGUGGUGGAGUUCUGCACUGGGGAUUAUGCGAUGGAGCAUCUCCAGCAGCUCUUGGAUAAAGCUCAGGGCGCCGCAGGGAGGCUGCUCAGGUUCUCUGUCUUCUACCGCAAUCAGACAUCGGAAUACUUCCACUAUGUGAGAUCAGAGUGUGGCGGUGCGAUGCUCCCAUCCUUCAAAGACACCAGCGGCAGUCACGGCUCCCCCAUCAACGGAAAGCUCCGCGGCGUCUUCCUCAGCUGCAACACCGAAUUCGACACCGGCCUUCCACCCAGAGACUCUCCAUACGGCCCUCUGCGCUUCCAGAUCCCAGCCGAGCGCCUCCUGAACCCCAGCACGAACCUCUACUUCGCCGACUUCUACUGCAUGUACACGGCCUACCAUUACGUGGUGCUGGUGCUGGCCCCUGCUGGAUCGGAGGGGGAUCAUUUUUGCAAGAGCCGCCUGCCACGACUAGACCUGGCGACCAAUAACUUCCUGACCUACACAGAUGGAGAUGCUCCGCUAUUCAGUCAUGCAAGCGAUGUGAUUUUGGAGGUGUUGUUCACCGAGCCUUUGCUUCUGGAGGAGGGAAGCCUUGCUCAGAUUAGUGGCCGGCACCAGCUCAUGAGUCUCUCCACUGCUAACGCUAAGAAAGACCCCAGCUGUAAAGUGUGCAAUAUCAGUGUGGGCCGCUGAGCUGAUGUUGAAGGUACUUCAUCUGGAGAAUCGGCCAUUGAAAUUCACUAGUCCUGCAACUGGAAGUGAAUUCACAUUCAUAUCAGACGCUCAAGUAUGGUUUAGCCUUUGUGUGCUGCUGUUGGGGAUGUUUUCAUCCACUCUGGGGUGUUUUUAGGCCACAACCUUCUCUGUGUUUCAGCAAAUG